ACAUAGGUUGUAAAGUGUAAACAAAGCAAUUUUCUGGAUGACGCGAUUUUUUUCCUCAAAAGAUUUCUGGUUUCAACGGACUAUGAUCUCUCUUAUUAAAGCAUAUUUUCUAAUUGCCCCAGUGAAGUGCUGAUCGUCCGUGAUUCAACUGCCUGGCCCGCACACCGUGUUGAAUAUACUUCAAGUAUCCUAAGUUAUAACUCACCAUCCGAUUAUCCUAUGUUUGGAUGAUGGGCGACUCGGCCAGAACUCUCCCCGACGGCGCCAUCGCCUCGCGGCCGCGCUCCAACACCCUACAGUCCAACACCCGCCGAUCCCCCACCGCGACCGACAGCGCAGUGCACGACACCCUCACGCUGCACGUCGAGCUGGCCGCGCACUAUACACAGCUACAGACUCUGGUGGAGCGCCUGGAGAAAACGCAAAAGGAUUGCGUGAAGCGGGUGCGUCAUCUGGACGGGACGUUCAGCGGGAUCCUGCACCGUCUGCCGGUGGAGAAUCAUGCCAAGAGCAACGGGGAUGUGGGGGCGACCCCGGAGGGGCAGGGGGCGUGGGAGGGCGCGGAUAAGGGGGUGCUGCGCGAUCUGGAGGAGCAGGUCUUCGAGUUCCAGGUGUGUUUGGAGAGGAAUCUGCAGUGUGUCGAUACGGCGAUGCGGGAUCUGGUCAGGAGACGGCUCAGACGCGAAUACGUCCAGACCCAGACGGAAUCCACCUCCAUAACCGCCCGCGAUGUCGCCCUACAGACCUCGGACGAUCCCUCUGUCGAAGAAGACGGCGGCGAGCGUAUCCUGUAUGUUCUUCCCGAUCUGGAGGAAGCCGUGGAGCAUCUACAGAUCCACGCGGAAUGCCAGACAGAUCUGGCUAUGGAGCACUUCCUGGCCACCGUCAACGCUCCCUUCAGCGCCGUCAACCGGGAUAAUGUUCUGAUUAUCUACCGGAAUCCCAAUAUCUACUCCUUCCUCAAACCCUACGCUAUUGGGGUGGGCGGGACGGCGUUGGGCGUGGUGAUGCUGUAUAAAGUGGUCAAAGGACUGGUGAUGCUGCUGCGUGCAUAAAAACUAUGUGGUGUUAUGGUAUUUAUGUGAAAUGUCAAAAGACAGCUAUUGCUUCUGGAUUAUCUUACAUUUGUUUUGUUGUUGCGGUGAGGAUGAAUUUGUUCGAAUUCAGCGGAAAUUAAAUCAGCGUGCCUUUGGGUGAUAUGCAUUCUUAAUGGUAUUAAUUUGCACACUUCGUGGGGCUGAUUUUGAAGCGAUGAUAAA